AUGGAGAAGCACAAUGUGAAUGAUUUCGAGGAGCCCGGCGAGAGUUUAAAACACAAAAUCGAAGAUGAAGACGAUGCGGAGAAGCUAUUGUGUGGAUAUGGAGCUUGUACUCCCAGAUGGCUUCAGGGAUUCCAUAAUGCAAAAUGUUUGCUGUUAGUUCUUGGAAUAUGCGCUUUUAUUCAGAGUUUUGUUGUAAAUGCCAUUUUUCCUGUUGGUUUAUCAACAUUGGAAAGAAGAUUCAAAAUGACAAGUACCCACACCGGAAUCAUUUCUAGUUGGUAUGACUUUGCAGUCCUCCUUGUCGUUUUUCCAGUAUGUCACUGGGGAAACAACGGACACAAAGGACGUUGGAUCGGUUGGGGUGGUGUGAUCAUGGCCUUGGGAUCUUUAAUUUGUGCUCUUCCUCACUGGAUGGUUGAUAUCUACCAUCCAGACGGAAACUCUCUAGCGAAUCAAACCGAUUUCGGACAAUGUACAAACAGAGAUGACCCUGAAUGUGCUGGAAAACCUCACUCCUCUUGGUUUAAUCCAUAUUUCUGGAUGUUUAUUCUGGGACAAACACUUCAUGGCGUCGGAUCGACUCCUCUUUUCUCCAUUGGAACCACUUAUAUGGAUGAGAAUGUAUCUCAGAAGGCGUCACCAGUGUAUCUCGCAAUUCAUGCUGUUCUAACUUCUUUUGGUCCAGUUAUAGGAGUUUUCGCAGGAGGAUUUCUUUUGAAUCUUUAUGAUGAUUUCGAUCGAGUUGAUACAAUCCCAAUGGAGAGAUCCGAUCCAAGAUGGGUCGGUGCUUGGUGGGUCGGAUUUAUUAUUUCGUCAAUUUCGGCUUUAAUGAUUGCAUUCCCUAUUCUGGCAUUUGCUCGGGAACUUCCAGAAGCAAAGAGACAUCGAGCCAAAGAUGUGAAUCAAUGUCAUGCAGCUAAUGGAGAUGUUAAUGCAAAAGCACCAAGAGAUUUAACAAAAUUGCCAGCUUGUGUUUGGAAAAUCCUAUCCAACCCAACCUUCCUAGUCUGCAUCUUUGUGGGAAUCUUUGAAUCCAUCAUCAUCAAUGGAUUCGCUGCAUUUAUGCCUAAGAUUCUCGAGACAUUGCUGUCCACGAAUCCAACUCUGGCUUCUUAUCUUUCAUCCGUUGUAAUUUUUGCUGCUGCUACCGGAGUAAUGGUUGGAGGAACGAUUAUUCGCCAGCUGAAACUUCAGGUCGGAGGGAUGCUCAAGAUGAUUGUUGUGUGCCAUGUGAUAGCCUUGAUUUUUACAACUGGAUUGUUGAGUCAUUGUCCACAAAGAGAGUUUGUUGGAAUCAAUUUGGGAUAUGAAGAUUUAAGCAUCGAGAAGUCGCACGACUUCAGCAUUUCCUCCAGAUGCAACUCAGAAUGUCACUGUAAGAUGGAAUGGAAUCCAGUUUGUGAUCGAAACACAGGACACAUGUACUACUCGGCAUGCCACGCUGGAUGCACAGGAAUGACAAAGAAUCAGGGAUCAACCGAAUGGUCUGGUUGUGGAUGUCUGACUUCGAAUAGUACAUUCCACAAUUUGAUUCAUGGAAUCAAAGAGCAUCCAGAGGUAUUAAAUCAAGGAUACUGUCAUCAAGACUGUGGCUAUAGAGAGUAUAUUCUAAUGGUUACACUUUUCGUCACUGUUGUUGCUAGUUUUGCUUCUGGAAUCCCUACUCAACAAAUCAUGCUCCGAGUAGUUCCAUUCGAUCAAAGAACCCUUGCUCUUGGUGUCAAUUGGACUUUUGUUCGUCUUUUGGGAUUCAUUCCAGGUGGAAUAUUGUUUGGAGUCAUUAUCGAUACAGCCUGUUUGGAAUGGGGAGAGAGUUGUGGAAAAGCUACUUCAUGUCUUGUUUACGAUCCCUUCAAGCUUAGUUGGACAAUCACUGGACUAGGUAAACUGAUUCGGAGAUCGUAUUUUUUUUUCAAUAUUCAAUUUUCAGCCAUUGUCUGCAAACUUCUCUCAAUACUCGCCACAAUCAUCGGUUAUAUGACAUACCGUCCAUCAGACCUGGAUAACGCUGGCUCCAUCCAAACCGUCGACAGUCAUUGUCAUACUGCUCUUCAUCUCGUUGUUAACGACGAUCGCCUUCCCGAACAAGCCAUCAUACAUGCCAGUUACGGUCACAUGUGA